AUGAAGGCAGAAAGCUUCCUGGAGUCGCUGAUGAUCCUCAGCCUGUUCCAGGCAUCUGUAUCCUCUUCCUAUGAUGUGCCGCUGGAGCUGUCGGACACGUCUCUGCUGGGCAGCGUGGCCGAGGCCCGGCAGCUGGUGGAUGCUGCCUACAAGCGCACACGGGACCGCAUAAAGAAGAACCUGCAGAACAAUGCCUUGACCCCAGCAGAGCUCCUGAGAUACUUCAAGCAGCCAGUGGAGGGGACACGAUUGGCUGUCCGGGCAGCGGAUUAUCUGCACACCACCCUGAGCCUGCUCAAAGAGAGGCUGCAAUGUGCUGUGAGGGGGAACUUCAAUGUCACAGACUUGCUGACUCCAGCUCAGGUGGAGGUGAUUUUCAAGGCCACUGGAUGUGACAAGCAGGAUAAGAAAAUAAAUUGUACAUCUUCUGGCUACAGAACCAUCACUGGCGAGUGCAACAACAGGAGGAACCCAACCCUAGGAGCCUCCAACAGAGCCCUGGCCAGGUGGCUACCAGCAGAAUAUGAGGAUGGUGUGUCUGUGCCCCGUGGGUGGACGGAAGGAAAGCGUUUCUCUGGGUUCCCACUUCCGCUGGUCCGACAAGUGUCCAAUGAGAUUGUACGCUUCCCCCCGGAGUGGCUGCAGAUGGACCAGCAGAGAUCCCUCAUGUUCAUGCAGUGGGGCCAGUUUAUUGACCACGACUUGGAUUUUAGCCCAGAAACCCCAGCCAGAGUCCCCUUUGGUGGAGAGAUAGACUGUGACACCAGCUGUGCCAAGGAGCCUCCUUGCUUUCCGAUCCAGAUCCCACCCAACGACCCCCGAAUCACCAACAGGAGGGAUUGCCUCCCUUUCUUCCGCUCAGCUGCCAGCUGCACGCGGGGCAGGGCGGUGCGGGAGCAGAUCAACGCGCUCACCUCAUUCCUGGACGGCAGCGCCGUCUAUGGCAGCGAGGUGGCCGUGGCCGAGCGGCUGCGGGACCGCAGCAGCCGGAGGGGCCUCCUGGCUGUGAACCGCAACUUCACAGACAGGGGCAGGGCGUACAUGCCCUUCGGUCCCAUGAGGAAGGAGCCCUGUCUCAAGGCCAGCGGGACAGCUCGAAUCCCUUGUUUUCUUGCAGGUGACACCCGUGCAAGUGAGAUGCUGGAGCUGGCCUGCAUGCACACACUCUUCGUGCGGGAGCACAACCGCCUGGCUGGAAAGCUGAGGAGCCUCAAUCCACACUGGGAUGAUGAGAGGCUCUACCAGGAGGCACGAAAGAUCCUGGGAGCCAUGAUCCAGAUCAUAACCUACAGGGACUACCUGCCUCUCCUGUUGGGAUGCAGGUUCCACAGGUUCAUUCCUCCCUACCGGGGCUACAAUGAGUCUGUGGAUCCCCGGAUAUCCAAUGUCUUUACCUUGGCUUUUCGCUUCGCUCAUGCCUCAAUCCCUCCAACUGUUGGCCGCUUAGAUGAAUAUUACAGACCCAUAACUCCUGAAAUUCAACUCCGAACCUCCUUCUUUGCUGUCUGGAGGAUCAUUCGAGAAGGUGGGAUUGAUCCCUAUCUCCGGAGCCUCAUGGCCAACCCUGCCAAGCUGAUGACGCAGCAGCAGAUGGUGGUGAGCGAGCUCCGGGACCGGCUCUUUGAGCAGGUUGAAAGGAUUGGGUUUGAUUUAGCUGCACUCAACAUGCAGCGCAGCCGAGAUCAUGGCCUUCCAGGUUACAACUCCUGGAGAAAAUUCUGUGGGCUCUCACAGCCCUCUGGAGUGAAGUCACUUGGUCGAGUGUUGAGGAAUCAGAACCUGGCAAGGAAGUUCCUUCAGCUCUAUGGGACACCUAAGAACAUUGACAUCUGGAUUGGGGCCCUGGCAGAGCCCUUUGUGAAAGGAGGCCGAGUUGGGCCUCUCAUGGCUUGUCUCAUUGGCACCCAGUUCAGGAACAUUCGUGAUGGGGACAGCUUUUGGUGGCAGAACUCUGGGGUUUUCACUCCUCACCAGCGCUGUUCACUGGCCAAAAUCUCCUUGUCACGAAUAAUAUGUGACAAUACCCACAUCACUAAAGUAUCAAGGAAUAUCUUCCGGGCUAACAGAUAUCCCCGUGGCUUUGUGAGCUGCAGUCAGAUCCCAAAGCUGGACCUCAGACCCUGGAAGUCACACAGCACCGAGGAGCAAGAAAAAGAUUCUGGUGACUUAAAAUGCUGA